AUGUCCGCAUUGGCUGCUAUCAAGGACCAAGCUGCUAGGCUAGCUCCUAUGCUGGUCGAUAAUCCGGUGGAGGUAUGGCGCUUGUGGAAGAUCUUCGAGAAGGGCUUUAAGACGGUCCCUGAGGACUCCCCGGUUCUGCCACGGCUUGCUGAGCUCAUGCAUGCGAUAGGCACUGCUAUGCGUGCAGUAGAUCCUCAGCUCACUGCUAGUGCUGCGAAGGAUGGCUUCGUAGGAGCAACGGCAGGGGACGUAUUAGAGAUGCUGCAUGCAUUGCGUGAGGAGAUCGUGUACUGUUACGGUGGGCGCAUGGGGGAGGUCUUGCCACCCCUUGUGCGCUGUAUGAACUUCAUCAUCACUCUGCGGCUAGUUGCUGACUAUGAAGAUCCGGCAGGCAGGGCCCUUGCUGAUGUGUAUAUCUACUACGCGCUCCAAGGUGUUGAUAGUAGUUCCUACCAGGCGAGAACUAGAGGCCUUGGGAUACUCCUUGAGCUCGCAGCGAGUAGUUGUGUGUUAACUGAGGUGAUCCGUGAGGCUACUGUAAAGACCGUCAUAGCGGCUACGGUGGAAGAGGUAGAAUCUGGUACUCGCCUGGGAUGGGAACAGCAGGCCGUGGUACUGGCGUUGUUACUGACCUUCCUUGAUGUGGCAGUGAGGGGAUCUUCUGAAGGGGUGUCUGCAGAUGCUGAAGAUGACAUACAGACUCGGGAAGCACUGGAGCUCCUUGUGAAGUUGCUCAGUGGUACGGCAUCGGUUGAGGUUCGCCAGAUAGCCCUCGUCGCCUUGGCCAAGUCGAGAACCCUCGAGGCAUUCGAGGAGCUUCUAAUGGAGCCCUUCCUUGAGGCCGUGAUUGAUUCGCCAGACGAAACACGGAGGUCUGUUCUUUCUCCCUCUUUUGAUGGUCAUACUACUACUCUGCCUGUAGACGCAUCUCCUUGUCUCCGUUGUUGGUGGAAAAGGCAAAUAGAGGAGACUCCUCGUGAGUUCCCGCAGCGGCGUGAACUGGCCGAGUUGUCCACAAGUCACUGCCUUGGCGCUCUCAGCUAUGGUAUCACGCAGAGAGGGCGGUACGCCUAUAGACUCGUUGUCUUUACCUCUGUUGGAGGUGGUUCUAUCGGCAUUGGUUUCCGCCCAUCGGAGUCUCAGGUUCUGGACAGUUUCUUGUCAGUGGGUGAGGAAGCUGUUGAUUCCGCUGCUGCUCAUACCUGGAUCAAGCUUUUCCGAAGUCUGAGUGGUCCUCUAUUCGCCUCCCUCCUGAUACCACACCUUCAUGAUCUCGCGGCAAUGUGUAUCGGUCAUCUGCUGGCCAAGGGAGUUCCGAAGGCCGUCUCUUUAGAGGAACUGUCUACACUCAUUUGGCGGAAGAUCCUCAUGCCGUAUUAUCGAGAAGGAGCUGCUCAGGCGGACGCCGUCCGUGAGGAUCGUCUUGUUGAGUUCAUUAGAAACUUCGAGCCGGAGAAUGCGGCAUCAAUGGCGAUAGAUCAGUUUCGAGAGAAGCUGAAUGCUGUGUGA